AUGGUACAAGACAAAAGGGAGUGGUACUUGACAAAAGUCUAUCUUGAAAGUCAGAAGCAUUCAUUGAGCUUUGUCAAGCUUAUAGAGUUGAUAACAUUGGCCUUCUCGGCCGCAGUGGGGAUCACAUUUCUCGUAUUAGGAUGUGCCAUCCCAGCAUACAACAACUGGUGGCCCAUGUUUGUGCUGAUAUUUUAUGUGCUAUCACCAAUUCCCACAAUGGUGUCUCGUCGUUUAGCAGAUAGCCUCGACUCCGCCAGCAGUGCAUUGGUGGAAUUCUGCAUUUUUUUAACAACCGGUAUUGUAAUCUCGGCCUGUGCCUUACCAAUUGUACUGGCUCAUAGAAGUGUGAUUGAGUGGGGGGCCUGUGGCUUGGUGUUAUCUGGCAAUGUGGUGGUGUUUGUCACCAUCCUUACAUACUUCAUAUUCUUUGGCAAUGAGGACUUUGACUACACGAUGUGGUGACCUUGCUUUGGUUGAGGCCAGUCAGUGACACUGACAUUGUUAGCCUCUUUAUACAAUCGGCGUUAGUUAAGGUGUUGGUAUGGUGGUACAAGCACGCGU